CAAAAGCAAAAUUUAUGAAUAAAAACAUAUAAAUACAAAAAUGGAACGGGCGGUCUGUUAGGACCUCCAUGUAAGAUGCCGUUUAUUCAGGCUGUGUCUAACUCUGGCAAAAUUUGAAGCGAAUCCAACGCACUCUCAAACCCAACCCACAAAUACUUUGUUGGGUCCCUGAGAUUCGAUCCAAAACUGCAUCCUGCUUCAUCUCCAUUUCAAUCUCACAAAUACCCAGGUGAAAUUGGUGUAAACUUAGGAGGUCCUUCAAAGGGUUUGAGAAGCAAAAAUGGCCAACAAGUGAUACAUAAAGUCCCUAUGAAAGUUAUGGGAGGAUAUCAUUUCUGGGGAAGAGCUCCUGCAUAUAUUAGAAAAGUCGAGGAAUGGAGAGACCAUUGGAAGGGCUCAAGGAGCAAAGAAAUGCAUAUAUGUGGAUGAAUCCCAGCUGCCCCACCAUGUCUGGUUCAGCUCCCAAACCAACUUCGCACAAUUACUCUGUUCAAACUGGUGAAGAAUUUGCCAUCGAAUUCUUGAGAAAAGAUUCAGUUCGAUCCCCAAGCAAUCAGAAUGAGAUGAAUAAAGAGGUUCCUACUCAGACCACUUGUGAGGAUCUCACAGGAAUUCUCGGGCUUGGAAGAAUGGUAUCGGGAAACGGCUCGGAUAUGCCCAUAUUUUUGGGAGAAAGGGGCAGUUCUGAUGAGAUUGAGCAAAUGGGUUAUUCCGAUACAAAGAACAUAAGUAAGAGCAGAAGAUUGUCUGCUAAUUCUUUGGGGGAAUACAGUACCGAUCAAGCGCCAAUUACCCCAAUAUCCCAAUUGGCUCCCCCAAUAUCCCAUUCUCGUUCUCCUUCUGAGCCCUCAGGAUCUCGCCCUUAUGGGUUAGGAACCUCUGAUAAUGCUCAGAUAGGAAAGAUGAAAUUACUUUGCAGCUUUGGGGGAAGAAUUUUGCCAAGGCCAAGUGAUGGUAAGCUAAGAUACGUUGGGGGAGAGACUAGAAUUGUCACAGUUAGUAAGGACAUUUCAUGGCAUGAUUUGAUGCAGAAAACUCUCUCCGUCCAUAACCAGUACCAUACAAUCAAAUACCAGCUCCCUGGUGAGGACCUUGAUGCCCUAGUUUCAGUCUCUUCUGAUGAAGACCUUCAAAAUAUGAUGGAGGAGUACAAUGGGUUAGAAAAUGUUGAUGGGUCUCAAAGACUUAGAAUAUUUCUUAUCUCUGGUAAUGAAUCGGAUACUGGUUCGUUCGAUAUGAGAGCUGCUCGUAGGAACUCAGAUCUACAGUAUGUUGUUGCAGUUAAUGGCAUACUUGAGCAGAGCCUAAGGAAAGGGUCUAAUGGCCAUGGACUAUCCAGCCCAUUAGCUCAUGGAAUGGAUGUUGGAAAUGAAGUCUCUUCCUCUAUGGUCUACACAGAUAAGCGACCCCCAGCUCUUUCUUCAAAUUUUACUGCUCAUUUUUUGCAUAAUGCUGUGAAAUCUCCUUCCAGUUCUCCCCCAAUGUCUCCCUUGCCGAAGCUUUCCAAGAUCCCACGUGAGCGCUCCUUUGAUCGGCUAUCCCAAGAGGAAGACGAAAAUUACACGAUUUUAACUGCCCGACCGCCUCAGUAUUCGCGUGCUAUGGAUGAGCUUGGGUCUAUACCAAAAUCUACCAUGUCUCCUCAAUUCCUGCCCAUGGUUUCUCGAUCAGGAAAAAUUGUUGGCUCCCCUGCAAAACCACCCCUUGAGGUGGUACCUUCUCCAAACCAAUCAACCAUGCCCGAAAGGAUGAGUAGUUUGGGAAUCUCUCAAAGGCAGGGAGCCAUUGCAAAAUCAGAGCAAAUACCUUUGGGAAACGACCUAAAACAGCAGAACUCCAGUUAUGACCCUGAAAGUGGACAAUUUCAACUAUCGGAGGAUCCAAUUUUUCCCAGUAUUUACGUUCCAGUUGAUCCUCCAAAACCUUUUGUGCUUAGAACGGAUGUUGAUUCUACUCCUAGUGAGAGUGAGUCUGACGGGUAUACUUUAUAUGGCCAGCCUGUGCUUCAGGAAAGGGUAUAUCGAUCAGAGUUCUACCCUAGGCAGCAGGUCGAGUCACAAAAUCGAUUGUCAAGAUCAAAUGAGUCUAUUAAUUCUCAACAUGGGUUGCCCCAUGCUCUAUCUGAUUCACACCUCCAAACCCACGUCAGAGAGUCAAUUUACCGAUUUCAUGAAGGAACGCCAACAGAUUGUGCUAAUAUACCAGGACAAUCAACUGAUUCAUUUUGCUCAUUUGUGGGGCAAAACACUUUACGAGAAGGGCUGGUUCAGUUCCAAAGAUACAAGGAAAUGGCUGGGGCAAUGUACCAGGCAACUCAACCACCAUUAACGGCCACGAGUACCAGUGAGAGAUUGGGAUCUCUAAACCUUCCUAAUCAUAUUGAUUUUCAAGAGGGCAAAGAAUCUAUGCUUCUUACAGGAGAACCUCAUAAAAUUGAAGAGCAAGGUACGGCUUCUAAUAUUGGUUUAGGAUACCAUUGUCAGGAACCUGUUUCUAGUCAAGCUGCAGUGAACUUCAUUGGGGAGGAAGGCCUUCUUUCCCCUCAGGAUAAAGUUAAACCAUUCAUAAACAUUGAAGUACAGCCUCCUGAUGACUUGAAAAAAUCAGGACUUCUACAAAGGGAAGUUACAUCAUCUCCCAUUUUGGAAUCCAAAAGUCCUAAUUUGGAAUCCAAAAUUCCUGAUAGCCAUAGAAAGCUCCCCCAACAUGAAGACAUCAAGAAACUGAGCUCCAACUUCACUGCUUCAAGCCAGAAAAGUGCCAUAGAUCAGCAGGACAAUUUGGAGGGGACAUUGAAAGGUGUACUGGGAACAAAUGAUGAGGAAACUAAGCCUACUUUUGAAUUGUCCAGUAGGGAUUUCCCUGGAAUUGCGACUCUAGACAAGGCAUUUGAUAGUGAUAUCAAGCAAGACUUGGCUAAUAAUAAAUACCAAGAAGAGAACACUUCUUCUUGUCUCCUCCCUACAAAUUUUCCUGAGGGUAUCAUAAUUCCUGAUGGGUUUCCAACUACGCGUGCUGGUGCCGAUUCUGAGCUUUCAAGCCUUCUAAAAACCACUCCUGUUUCAGCAUUUGAUGAUAGAGGUUCUAUGGAUUGGCCUUUCUUUGCAACUUCAGGUGUUGAUGGUGUUCAGAGGACAGAGGUUUCUCUUUUGGAUCAGGACCUAAUGAGUUACAAACCUUCAAAAGCUGAAGAUGCCAGUUUAGUUCAAUCAGCUCAUCAGAAUACUGUUGAUGGGCAUGUUCACGUAGUUGUUGAAGAUGUAACUGAUAAAGUGCCAUCUGAUUUAUGUUCUUCUCCAGCCACUGUUCCACAUGUAUUGCAUGAGGAAAUUGAUGAUGCCCCAGUUGAGGAAAUGCCAUACCCAAGAAUAUCAGAUGUUGGAAGUGUGUCUUCAGAAUCGGAUUCUGAGGAUGCAAAGAUUGACAACAGGGACAUUGAUGAAUCUAUUACUGAUGCUGCCAUAGCUGAAAUAGAGGCCGGUCUCUAUGGUUUGCAGAUAAUCAAGAAUGCCGAUCUUGAAGAACUUAGAGAGUUGGGCUCUGGGACAUUUGGGACAGUUUAUCAUGGGAAGUGGCGGGGAUCAGAUGUUGCCAUUAAGCGGAUUAAAAAGAGUUGCUUUGCAGGGCGAUUAUCUGAACAAGAACGGUUGACAGAUGACUUUUGGAGGGAGGCAAAGAUCCUCUCAAAGCUUCACCAUCCCAAUGUAGUGGCCUUCUAUGGAAUUGUGCCUGAUGGAGCUGGGGGGACCCUGGCCACUGUCACUGAAUACAUGGUGAAUGGGUCGCUACGGCAUGUGCUUUUAAGGAAAGACAGGAACCUUGAUCGUCGUAGAAGGCUUAUAAUAGCCAUGGAUGCUGCUUUUGGUAUGGAAUAUUUGCACUCAAAGAGCAUUGUUCAUUUUGAUCUCAAAUGUGACAAUUUGCUAGUCAAUAUGAGGGAUUCCCAAAGACCCAUAUGUAAGGUGGGGGAUUUUGGGUUGUCAAGAAUCAAGCGUAAUACUCUAGUAUCGGGUGGCGUGCGAGGGACACUUCCAUGGAUGGCGCCAGAGCUCUUGAAUGGGAGCAGCAGUCGUGUCUCAGAGAAGGUUGAUGUCUUCUCCUUUGGUAUUGCACUGUGGGAGAUCCUUACUGGUGAAGAACCUUACGCAAAUAUGCACUAUGGCGCAAUUAUAGGUGGUAUAGUGAACAACACAUUACGCCCCCCAAUUCCAAACUGGUGUGAUGCAGACUGGAGAAGGCUGAUGGAGGAGUGCUGGUCACCCGAUCCCAGUGCCCGCCCCUCCUUCACAGAGAUAACCAACCGCCUGCGCAUUAUGUCAGCCUCCAUUCAACCAAAAUCAUCAACCAAAAUUGUCAACCCCUCAGACCUCUCAGGCUAACAAAUGAAGCAUAAAUAACACACCCUUUUGAGAUUCAAUUGUGUUUCUAGAAGCUGUUGCCAGUUCUGUAAUUGCUUGAUUCAAAAUGAAACCCUAGGAGAAGCACUACUAGACGGCGAAGAAAGGAAUUUGAGGAAGGGUAUGAUACAUAUGUGCAUGAGGGGGCAUGUGAGAUGAAUGUAUGACUAAGUGAGUUGUCUUGUUGGUGAUUUUGUGCCUCAUCAUUUUUUUGGUUUCUAUAUUUUAUCCUAAUAAACAUUUAAGGUUAUUUGUUGAUUGAGUUGUACACAUGGUUACAUGUUUGAAGACUGGCAGCCUUUGUUGAAUUAUUUUGUAAAGGUAAUGAAUACAGUUCAGUCUUUGCCUA